UUUGCUACUGUGGAAAUACUCUAUCUACACGCAGUAUUGAACUUUUUUCCAUAGGUACUUUGUUACACGGUUGAUUUUGCUGCUCAGAUCUAGUCAUGGUUGUGAAGAAGAAAGCACCUAAAGUGGAAGCUUUCGUAUUGGAUGAUGUUAAGCUGAAGAGCCUGACAGAUUCACUAUCUAUGGAAGGUGAUUGUAAGUCUACAGAGGUUGCUCAGCUACUGAAGGACAGUUUAUCUUCCUUUGACCCAGUUGAGCAGAUCCAGCUCAUCUCAAAGGCAGGCUGCAUGCUGGAGCAGCUGAUAGAGGAUGAGUCUCCGUCGAGUCCUUUAUUGGAGGCAUGUCUGCAUACCCUAUCAUUCCUGUAUAUCACACUGCCAGCUAAGAACCCGUUGAAAAGAGCUGUAUCAAGUGCAUUGGGUAGUGGUCCAGAUUGGCUACAGGAGCAAAUGGUUAGAUGUCUGUCUGAGGGUCUGUCUGCUGCUUUCUCCUCUGCAAGCACAGAUCAAUUCUCAAACCUAACGGAUAGCAUCACUUCCUGUCUGAGUGGCUUUGUAAUCGGUGAGAAAUGUGUCCAUCAUUUGUUAACAGAAGUUCUCCAGUUCUUUCAAAAGGCUUUGAAUUACUACGUGGAGCAGAACAGGAUUCUGGUCGGUUGUCACGUGGCUCAAGCUCAGCUGAUGCAGUACUCUCUGGCUGCGGUGAAGGCCUCAAUGCUGGUGGUUCAGCAAUCCCAAGAACCUAUUAGUGCUGCAGUGCUUUCAGCUUCAAGUGACCAAUCCGAUCUCUAUCAAGCUCUCAGUGGACUGCUCAACUGCUAUACUUGUGUUUUAACUGAUGAGGAGUUUGUUCAGGCGGUUCAGAGCACUGCUGGGAUGGCUGCUGUUUUACUUAUUAGAUCUUUAUUGGGCAAUGGAGACAAUCUCCACUUUAUUGUUGCAGGUCUCCUUCAGUGUUCAGUGGAUGCUGGGAGCACCCCUCAGUGGUUAAGGAAGAGCUGUGCAGGUCUGUAUGAGAGCAGCAGGCCUGCAGCUGUUGCUCUGUAUUUGAGUCAUGGAGCUUUGGCUAUGCUAAGCUGGAAAGGGAAGACACUCAGUCCACAGGCAGUGAAACUUCUGCUGCUCAUUCCUGAUGUGCUCUUAUCUUUACAUACAAGGUACCGAAUGAUCACAAUUACAUUUACACUAAAAUAAACAAUUGACACUUGUAAACCUUAGAUAUAUUUGCAAAAUUAAGUUUUAUACAUGCACUGCAAUUUUCUAUUAGAUUUUAUGUACACUACCUGUACUUAUUUAUUUUUAUUGCAUAACUACAGUUUGGAUUUGGUAUUACUUUUACUAAAUAUUUUAUAUGACAUCUCGUAUGCUCAGUUGCCCACCAUGGAUGCAUUUUUUUAAAUCAAAAAUACAGUAAAACAGGUGAAACUAUUUUUUAUGCCAAUGCAGUUUAUUUAUAUGGUUGCAAACAAAACCAACUUUUAAUUAUUACUCCAGUCUUCACUGUCAUAUACUCUUCAGAAAUCAAAUUAAAGGUGCUGUUUG